GGGAGGCGGGAGGGGAGCAGUGGGAGAAAGACAGAGAGGUGGGGAACAGACUGUCAGGAUCUCUUGGAUGCUUUAUAAGAAAUUCACAUGUCCGGAGAGCCUCCUAGAAAUUCUUAUUUGGCAGGCUCGGGGUUUAGGCCAGGAUUUUUUUUUUUUUUUAAACUCCAGUGGCUUCUGUUGAACUGCUCCAAACCCGGCUGUUGGGCCCAGUUACUAAACGCACUUCCAAUACGGGGGUUGCUUCCAGUUCCCAGCCCCUGGCGGGGGGGCAGAGUGAAACCUCUGUCCAGGUAGCUGGUGCGCACUUGCCCAGCCUGCAAUUGCCAGAGCAGAGCACCCAAGGUCCCCAAGCCGCCAGUGCGCAGGCGCCGCUCGUUCGACGCCCCCCACCCGCCACCUCCGCAGACCCGCCUCCGACGCUUGCUCUGCAGACCCCAGCGUGCCGGCCUUCCUCUCGCGCAGGCUCAGGACGGGUCUCGGGAGGCCGGGCUGGAAACCGGGUGUUGCUUGGAUCUUUGUGGGUUCAGCUACUCCUGCUGCGCAGGCCAGCCAUGGGCAUUGCGCCCUGAGCCAGUGAAAGAGUGCGAAGUGUCUGUCCGUCUGCCCUCCUGCGAGGGGCUGAGGAGGCCUGGAACUGGGCGCAGAGUUGCAGGGCCGAUCGGUUCUCUGUGAGCUCUCCAGAAGCGAUUCUGGAGGAGCGCGGGGCACCGAGAUCUCAGGUGUGGCUGUGGCCAUUUCCUGGUGGUCUCCGUGGGAGCUGGGUCCUAGAGUUCGGUCUCCAGAAGGAGGCGGCGGCCGGUCUCCUGAGGCGCCUGGGAGUGCAAGAGGGGAUAGAGCAUCGCUUCCCGCAGCCACAGCCGCAGCCGCCCUGCGCUCAGCUGGGACUCCAAUCCGGGUUUAACAGCCCUGCUCUGGGUCCUGCGGGUCGGCUGGGAGUCGCUGCGCGAAGUGGGGAUGCCCGGUGUCAUCCGGCUCGCUCCCCGCUCCCUGAGUCCCGGGAGGAUCGCAGGGCCGCCGCCGAAUGACAGAGAUUUGGACCUAGUGAAAGGACUAGCCCCAGCUAUGGACUCCAGAGCUUCAGUUCUCCCUCCUCAGGAGCCUGCUCUUCCUCCGGAGAGAUGCCUAGGAGACAAGGGAACAGCCAGCUUAUUCCUCAAAGCCAGACCUCAGGACCUGAUGACGUUUGAGGAUGUGGCUGUGGAAUUCACCUGGUGGGAGUGGGGGCAGUUGGACCCUGCUCAGAAGGACCUGUACCGGGAGGUGAUGCUGGAGAAUUUCAAGAACCUGGCCUCCCUGGGGUUUCCAGUGUCCAAACCAUAUAUGAUCUGCCAGUUGGAGGAAGGGGAAGAGCCCUGUAUUUUAGAGAGAGAAAUCUCAACAGGUGUCCACUCAGACUGGGAGAGAAGGCCUCAAGCCAAGGAAGCUAUGCUAAGUCAAGGACUUUCCAAAGAAGAAUUAUUGCAGAGAGCAUCAGUGGAGAAACACAUUAGAGAUGAACUCAGGUCCUCCAAACUGAAAGCAACCUGUGGUUGGGAUGACCAGGAGAAGGAUACUAUAAAUGUGAUACAGCAUUCAGACAGACUUCAGGGAGAAGUAACUCUCAGAGAACUCAACCAGGGAAGAAAUCUUGCAAAUGCAAUGAAUGUGGGAAGUUGUUCCAUUUCCAGUCAGAACUUCGGCGCCAUCAGAGAUGUCACACUGGAGAAAAGCCCUAUGAGCUAA